UGCUUUUUGCAUUGCGUAACGUCGCAUGAAUCUGCGUAGUGGCAGAGUUGAGGAACAGCGAGGGCUCCUCUCGCAGUAGGAAGAGGAAAAACAGUUUCGUAUUCACUCUCCUUCACUGCGGAGCUGCGUGAUUGUAACUGAGAGGGAGAGAAGGGUCUGAGCAGUUUCUGAUCUGCAAACCCACUGAGACCAAGCGGAGUGGACAGAUUGCCUGGCAAUGUCAGGCUCAUCCGGGCAGCGAAAGGGGGCAGCGGCAAAAAUGCGAAAAUGUGCUUUUUGCAAAACCAACCGCGACAAGGAGUGUGGGCAGCUACUGGUGUCUGAUAACCAGAAGGUGGCAGCCCACCACAAGUGCAUGCUCUUCUCGUCUGCAUUGGUGACAUCGCAUGCAGACAGUGAGAACCUGGGAGGGUUCUCCAUUGAGGAUGUGAAGAAGGAAAUAAAGAGAGGGGGAAAGCUGAUGUGUUCAUCCUGCCACCGACCUGGGGCCACCAUUGGCUGUGACGUGAAGAUGUGCCGGCGGACCUACCACUAUUUCUGCGCCCUGCGGGACAAAGCCCAGGUCAAAGAGAAGCCCUCCCAGGGUAUCUACAUUGUAUAUUGUCGCAAACACCGGGAUGCUACGCAAGACUCCAGUGAAGAUGAAGUGGGCAAGACCAAUGAUUCAGACUCCUCCCCUCCUCGGGGAAGGAGGCGGGGUCAGUCAGAAAGGGGCGGGGUGAAGUCCAACUCUCGUGGCCAGUCAGAGGAUACCCGCUCCACUUCCUCACAUGGCACUGAUGACGUAGAGAGUGCCUCACAUCGGGACCGCUCCCCUCUGCGGGUCAGCCCCAGCGACGUGGGCCCCCGCUGCGGGUUCUGUCACGCGGGAGACGAGGAGAACGAAACCCGUGGGAAGCUGCACACAGACAACAGCAAGAAGGUGGCCGCACACUAUAAGUGCAUGCUCUUCUCGUCCGGGACAGUCCAGCUCACCACCAGCUCCCGGGCCGAAUUUGGGAACUUUGAAAUCAAAACGGUCACCCAGGAGAUCAAGAGAGGGAAGAGAAUGAAAUGCACCCUGUGUGCUCAGUUAGGAGCCACCAUUGGCUGUGAGAUCAAGGCCUGUGUGAAGACCUACCACUACCACUGCGGCUUGGAGGAUAAGGCUAAGUACAUCGAGAACAUGGCCCGUGGCAUCUACAAGCUUUACUGUAAGAACCACAGCGGGAAUGAGGAGAGGGACGAGGAGGACGAGGAGAGGGAGAGCCGCAGUCGACAGCGGGAGGGCCUCCAGCACGGCGCCUCCCACCCUCCGCAAGUCAACGGCAACUAGGCUAGGUACAGCACAGGAACGGCACGACUGGCUCGACAAACGGACACGGGGUGAAGACAAGAAUUCAAAGUGCAUAUUUUUGUUAAAAACGUUAAAAAGCGAAAAUAGGUCACCAGAUAUGGAUCUCUGAUGCUUGCUCUCCAACCAGCUCCAGUGGAAGUGCACAUGUAACUCACCUGGCUUUGACCAAAUUGGUUUUGUAUGGAUUUGUAUGAGGAUUUGUUUGAUUUCUUGGAUAUCAAGUGACAAGGGUGGGGAGGUCCUGUGGAGGGAGCUGGUGUAACUGAUUCGGUCUUUCUCGCGGGAGAAUGACCUGCAGAAGACCAGACUGGACAAACUGAUUGUUAUGUUCGAUACAUGCUCGUUCUGUGCCCCACUCUUUCUUUGGGGGGGGAAAAACAAAACAUCUUUUGGACUUAUUUUAUGAAGGCUGUCUUGUUCUGUUUUUAUUUUUCUUACAAACUAUGAAAUCCGAAAAGUUCUAUCUUGCUCUUUCUCAAAAAAGUACUCCUUUGUAAUCUUUGUUCUUUGGAAUCGUGCAUAUAUUUUAUUACCAUAUUGUUAUUGUGAAAAUCCAUGGCUUUUCUUUUUAUUCAGAGACAGGAUUAAAAUUCCUCAAGUGGCAUGAACCUCUUUUAAAACUGUCAGGUGAUGGUUUCUUCCAGCCAAGAUACAUUCCUGUUUUUAAACCUAUAUGCUAUAAUUGGCUACUGAAAUAAGCCACAGAGUUUAGUCAUUUGAAGCAGUCUAGUUUAAAACAUGAAGAAUAUUGAUUGAAUAAUUGGUUGGACCACUUCAAUAUAUGCAACAUACAUUCAUUAAAAUAAACUUGGGCAAUGAGAGUAUAGAUUUUUCAAAAAUCUAUUCUUUCCAAUUCUUAGUAAAAGGAUCCAAUUGGCCUUUUUCUAAACAAAGCUGUACUGGAACAUUAAAAUGCCAUUAAAAAAACACUUGUAUGAAAGUU